AUCUAAAGUAGCACCAAGAGCUUUAAAGCAGCGUACACGGACAAACGCCUUGAUUAAACAGUGUAACGUUUGACACGUCUCGUAACCAUUUAUUCUAAAAGAACAAGCCCGGCACCACACUUAGCUGACUGGCUAUGUAGCUAGCUUUAUAGCUCGGACUGUGUGGCUUGCUAACUUAAGGAACAACGUUUUUUGUGGACCGUCUGCCGUUUGUGUUAACCGUUUUUGACGCGAUCGACAAGGGAAGAUAAAAAUGCCCCAGAAGCGGCGGUCACAGUCGUGGUCAGAUCUGAAGCAAGCCGGUAACGAGUGCUUUAAAACCGGGCAAUAUGGAGAGGCUGUCUCGCUUUACAGUCAAGCCAUCAACUUACUGGAAAAGUCGGGUCAGAAGAACCAGGAGGAUCUAAGUAUUCUGUAUUCUAAUCGAGCAGCCAGUUAUCUGAAAGAUGGAAACUGCAAUGAAUGUGUCAAGGAUUGCACAGUAUCUCUUGAGCUGGUUCCCUUUGGGAUUAAGUCCUUGUUGCGACGGGCGGCAGCAUAUGAAGCUAUGGAGAGAUACAGACUGGCUUAUGUCGACUACAAAACCGUCCUACAGAUAGACUGCAAUAUACCAGCUGCUCAUGAUGGCACGAACAGAAUGACAAAAGCCCUGUCUGAGGUGGACGGUCCCUCCUGGAGAGAGAAGCUUCCACCAAUUCCCACAGUGCCAAUGGCAGUGAAAGAGAAAUGGGCCCAAACAGCAAGCGCAGCUCCUACCACCCAACAGAAUGGCAUCAAAGACAAGCCCGGGCAUGAUGCUGUGAAAAAAGCUAAGACCUUGAAAGAGGAAGGCAAUUCACUGGUGAAGAAAGGAGAGCACAAAAAGGCAGUGGAGAAAUACACAGAGUCUCUUAGUUAUGACCCUUCAGAGGUCACGACCUACACAAACAGGGCCCUGUGUUACCUUUCAAUGAAGAUGUACAAAGAGGCUCUCAAAGAUUGCACAGAAGCUCUACAACUCGACUCCACUAAUGUCAAAGCGCUGUACAGACGGGCACAAGCACACAAACAGCUGAAAGAGAAGAAGGCUUGUAUUGAGGAUCUUAACAGCUUGCUGAAGAUUGAGCCAAACAAUACAGCAGCACAGAAACUUCUUCAGGAAGCACAGAAGAUGAAAUGACCCAGUGUUCCCUAGAGUCCAUGGAAAUGAGGGACCCACAUUUUGACUCUUAGUGUUU